CCUCUCUUUAUUUAUCUUUGUCAUCCAUCAAGCGCCUUUUAUUCUUCUUGUCUCGCAUCGACGGCAUUUAAUACUUUCUUAAUCUUUCAAACUCCAGCGACCAAUCUCUCACCAAUCGCUCACCAAUCAUCGCAGACACGCUUCGUGUCGCGCGGCUCACUCGCCACCAUGUCCUCCCACGAUCCUUCGCGCUUUGACGAUUCUGAAGAUGAAGAAGAUUUCAACCCAGCGCCCGCCGAUAUUUCCGAUGAAGAGCAAGAUGGCGACGACAAGAAGAUAAAGCGCGGAAGCAGCCCUGCGCCUCGCGAUGAUGACGAUGACGAGGAUGAGCGACCAUCAAAGUCGCGACACGCCGAUGACGACGAUGAGGAGGAAGAAGAGGAAGAGGAAGAUAAUCCAAAGCGUCGCGAUGAUGACGACGAUGAUGAAGAAGAUGAGGAAGAUGACGAGGACGAGGACGAUGUCCAGCAGGGCCAUCGCAGAAAACGCAGAAAGGAACGAGGAGCAGCUUUCUUCGAUAUUGAAGCCGAAGUCGACGAUGAAGACGAAGCCGAAGAUGACGAGAUGCUGGGUGAAGAGAUAGGCGACUUUAUCACAAACGAUCAUCCGGACGAUAUGGCUGAAACCGGUAUCGAUGAUGACCGACGACAUCGUGAGCUCGAUCGCCGUCGCGAGAUAGAUUCCAGCAUGGACGCCGAGAAGCAGGCAGAGAUCUUGCGACAGCGAUACGGCAAUCGACGUUCUGGCAAGGGCUUCAGAGAUGCAUCGGUUGUUCCCAAACGACUGCUCCUCCCUAGUGUGGACGAUCCUAGCAUUUGGGCCGUACGAUGUAAAGAAGGCAAGGAGCGAGAAGUCGUUUUCUCGAUUAUGAAGCGCAUCGAAGAGAGGGCUGGCACUAAGGAUGAACUGGCCAUCACUGCUGCGUUUGAACGUGGAGGCCCUGACUCUGUCAUGAAGGGAUUUGUCUACGUUGAAGCCCGACGUCAAACCGACAUUUUGAAGGGAUUGGACAGUAUGCUGAAUGUGUAUCCUCAUUCCAAGAUGAUCUUGGUCGAUAUCAAGGAUAUGCCUGAGCUGUUCCGCGUUUCCAAAACACCAACUCUGGAGCCUGGUGCCUGGGUUCGUCUCCGAAGACCUAUGAAGCACAAUGGCGAUCUUGCUCAGGUCAUUGAUGUUACUGAAAACGGUCUGGAGGCUCGUGUCCGUUUCAUUCCCAGAUUGGACUAUGGUAUGCGAGACGAUGCCUUCUCUUCAGUCACCGCCGAUGGAAAGCGAAAGCGACCUUUCGGUAUGGCUGGUCCUAAGCCACCGCAGAGGCUUUUUAGCGAGGUUGAGGCCCGAAAGCGCCAUCCUCGACACAUCCAGGGAAACCCUACUGCUGGUACAUGGACCUACAUGGGUGACGAGUUCGAGAAUGGUUUCCAGGUCAAGGAUAUCAAGAUUCAGCAACUUAUUACUACUGAUGUCAAUCCCUCACUAGAGGAAGUCACUCGAUUCGCCUCAGGUGCUGAGGAUGGAACUGAAAACCUUGAUCUUAAGGCUCUGGCCCACAGUCUAAAGGACAGCAACGCUCUAGCUACGUACCUCCCUGGCGAUAUUGUCGAGGUGUACACUGGCGAGCAGAAGGGUGUUGUCGGAAAGGCUAUGCGAGUUCAUUCCGAUGUCGUCUCGAUCACUGUCACUGAAGGUGAUCUUGUUGGUCAAGAGAUCGAUGUUCCCAUCAGAUCUCUUCGCAAGCGCUUCAAGAUCGGUGAUCACGUCAAGGUCAUUGGUGGCAGCAAGUUCCGCGACGAGGUCGGAAUGGUUGUCAACAUCAAGGACGAUCAGGUUACUCUUCUGACAGAUCAGACCAAUUCUGAAGUCACUGUGUUCAGCAAGGAUUUGCGUGAAGCUAGUGAUAUCGGUGGCCAAGGAUCACUGGGACAGUAUUCUCUUCACGAUUUGGUGCAACUUGAUCCUACGACAGUGGGAUGUGUUGUCAAGGUUGAUCGCGAGUCGCUUGUUGUUCUUGACCAAUUUGGAGAUACUCGCCAGGUUAUGCCGUCACAGAUUGCCAACAAGCUUCCAAAGCGAAAGACGGCUGUAGCGGCCGACCGAAGUGGCUCUGAGAUUAGGCUUGAAGAUGUCGUCAAGGAGUACACAGGGCAACAACGACAGGGCAAGAUUAUUCACAUCCAUCGCUCAUAUGUGUUCCUACACACCAAUGACAGCAAGGAGAAUGCUGGUGUCUUUGUCACCAAGGCUAGCAUGGUCAACACCGUUGCAGCCAAGGGAGGUCGUGUGGCUGCUGCAUCUGCUGGUCCUGACCUGACAGCGAUGAACCCAGCACUCAAGCUUCACAAGAACGGGACCGAAAACAAGCCCGUACAACAACCCAGAUCAUUUGGCCGAGAUAAGGCAAUUGAACAGACUGUUAUUAUCAGGAAGGGAGCCUACAAAGGUCUUUUGGGUAUUGUCAAGGAUACAACAGACACCCACGCCCGGGUUGAGCUUCAUACGAAGAGCAAGACUAUUACGGUGCCCAAGGAUAGUUUGAGCUUCAAGAACAAGUUGACUGGAGCUACAAUUGACAUCGCUAGCCGAGGAGGCCGUGGUGGAUAUGGUGGUGGUGCUGGACGAGGUGGUGGUGAUCGUGUGCCAGGAUGGCAGGGUGGUUCUCGCACACCUAUGGCGGGUAGUAGCUCAGAAAGAGUGCCUGCUUGGGGAUCACGAACACCUGCAGCAGCAAGUGGACGCACACCCGCUUGGAAGGCCCCAGACAUGUCCGGAGCCCGAACUCCCGCGUGGGCCGAUGGUUCACGAACUGUCAACCCUUACGACGGCAACCGUACUGCUUAUGGUUCUGGUGGACGUACACCUGCCUGGCAGGCCGGUGGAAGAACCCCUGCCCCUGGAGAUGCUUUCGGUGCUGGCUCACGUACACCUGCAUAUGGCGGUGGUGGUGACAGUUGGGGUUCAGGGUCCAAGACUCCUGCUUGGGGAGUAUCUGCGCCAACCCCUGGAGCUAGUGGAAACGACUCAUGGGGAGGUUCAGGCGCUUACGACGCCCCUACACCCGGUGUUGCUCUCGGUGCCCCAACUCCUGGUGCAUUGAGCGCUCCUACACCUGGUGCUUACUCCGCACCGACUCCCGCGGCCAUCAGCGCACCUACGCCGGGAGCCUCUUGGCAAGGCGGAUGGGGAGCAGACUCGGCUCCUACUCCUGCGGCUGGUGCUCCUACGCCCGGUUAUUAUAGUGCUCCUACGCCUGCAGCAUAUGCUCCUCCAGAGACGCCUGCCGCCACUGGUCCUCGAUACACCGAUGACGAUUGAUUGGGAGGGUAUAGUAAGAUCAUAAGGCAUGGACAGGCUGUAAAUGGGUUUGCAAAAGGCGUUUUGGAAGAUUAAAUAUUGUAUAAUCAAAAACUAUAGCAGAAAGCUGGUUAACAUUGAGGAUUUAAAGUGAGAUUAGAACUAUGAGUGAGCACGAACUGAAUUGACUGUCAAUAUGAGG